AUGUACAUAUAUUAUCAAAAUAUCAAUAGAGCUAGAAGUAAAAUAGAUAGUCUUUAUAAAAAUUUUCUGAACUCUAAUUACAAUUUGAUAUGUCUAACUGAAACAAAUUUCGAUGCUUCUGUAUAUAAUGGGGAACUGUUUGACGAGCAAUACAAUGUCUUCCGUAGGGAUCACGAUACCACUUGUAUUAAAAAGUAUAAUAAAGACGAUGGAGGUGGUGUCCUCGUAGCAGUUAAAAAACAAUACUCUGCUGUCGGACAGGUCUCCUGGGAAAGUGAACUAGAGGAUGUCUGGAUUAGCAUAUCGCCACCUAAUAUUAGUGGUCAGACAAAUAAUGUAUGCGUUUGCUAUCUGCCUCCAUAUCUUAAUAAAAAUGACCUGUCAAACUUCUAUUCAAAUCUUCAAAACAUUAUCCUAAAAUCAAAUGAACAGAAUUAUUUUGCAUUAUUUGGCGACUUUAAUGUACCCAAUGUCUCAUGGAUCCUGUCAAACGAUGGCAGUAUGACAGCUAGCUGCAAUGAGAUGGACUAUAAGAGCGAACUGUUGUUAGAUACUCUGUAA